AUGUCACAUCUCCAAUACUUUUCCUACCCCGGCUUCGGCGAACAUAUGCGCGAGGCCUUGUCAUACAGCCAAGCUGUCAUAAUUGGUGAUCUAAUCGAGAUCUCCGGACAGGGUGGCUGGGACCCUGAAACACGAGUGGUCCAUGCGGAUUUAUCGACCGAGUUCCGCCAAGCGUUCGCCAAUGUCGAGCUGGCGCUGACACAUGCUGGCGGAAAAGGCUGGAGCCAGGUCUACAAACUUCGCAUCUACGUCCUUGAUAACACGCCCGAAAUCUUCGAGUUGCUGGUGCAGAAUCUUAAAGAGUGGAUGCCGGACCACAAACCUCUUUUGACGUGUGUUGUGGUCAAGGACCUGGGUUUGGAGGGAAUGAGGAUUGAGGUUGAAGCGUGUGCGCAUCUUGCCGAUUGA